AGUGACAGAUGACUAAAUGCCAAAUCGAUAUUAUUCCUAUCUUUAUUCUAUUUUCUGUAUCUUGGAUCUUCGUAUGUGUUUUCUGAAUUUGUGAUUCGACUCGUAUGUUGUUCUAUAGAUAUUAAUAAUCGUGACCAAAAAAAUACAUGAUUAUAACGCAAUUCAAUUCAUAAAAUAUGAAUUCAGCUACGCCCGGUGUCCCUCAGGUGCCGUUGUUAGACGACGACACCAUCGCGUUCGGAGAGGAAGACAAUGCUAAUAAACAGUUUGUACAUCCCUACAUUGUAUUCUUUCAUCUCAUAUUCCGGUGUUCAGCUAUUGUGGUAUACAUACUGUGUGGCUGGUUCUCCGACUCCUUCAUAGCAAGUUUUGUGCUUGUUGUCCUGUUACUGUCUGCUGACUUUUGGACUGUCAAAAACAUUAGUGGACGUCUCUUGGUAGGCUUGAGAUGGUGGAACUAUGUAGAUGAUGAUGGCAAGUCACAUUGGGUCUUUGAAUCGAGACAGAACCGCGUGAAUCGAAACGAAAGUCGCUUGUUUUGGAUGGGUCUCAUACUGUGUCCACUCAUCUGGUCUGGUUUCUUCAUUAUUUGCUUAUUAAGCCUUAAGUUCAAAUGGAUGCUUCUUGUCAUGAUCGCGCUCACACUGACUGGCGCGAAUUUAUACGGCUAUGUCAAAUGUAAAUUUGGCGCCAAAGAGAACUUGAAGUCGGCGACUACAGACUUCGUAAAGAAACAGUUAUUGGCCAAUGCGACCUCCUUUAUGUUUACACAACCUGCGCCGCCAACAGUGAAUCCAAAUACUGGUGUUGUUUAAGAUUUAAUUAAAUAAAAUAAUUAUAAUAUGUAACUAUGAUGGAUUAUACGUUAUGAUAGCAUUUUUUACUACCACAAAGAAUUAAAGUAAGGUCGUAAAUGCUAUCGCUUUGUCUUAAUUAUUUUCUUUGAGAAUUAUGUUAAUUUUCCUAUUUAACAAUUGAUUCUCAUGGGAAAAAGACAAAAUUUUUAUAGCGAUUUUAUGUCCGAUUUUACAACUGUGUUUUUCUCCAUUCAAGAAUAAGUUAGUAUGAAUAUUAAUAACACACAUAUUUUAGGCUAAUGAUUGAAGUCUUUAUUAUUUAAUUGUGGAAUGAAUAAUUUGGAUAAAGUUUCUGAUAAAGAACCAUAAUAGCACUGUAUUUAUCUUUGUUUUAAUAAAAAAAA